CGAAUGCGGCCGGGGUCCAUUGCGCCGGCGCGCGGAGCGGUGCAUGUCGGGACGUGUAGUCUCCCCGCCGCCUUGAGGGAGUGACCGUUCCUGUGCAGGGCCCGGCGCAGGAACCUCCGCGGCCUGGAGCUAUGGGACCAAGGCCCCGGGAGGGAAGUCACUUACCAGAGUGCGUGGGUUCUUCAUCCAGAACUCAAGUCUUCUGACUCUUGGGAACAGCAAGACCUGACCUCCCAGUUCCUCUCUCCAUGUGCUUGUCUGAGCAGGCCCACGUCGACCAGGAGUGACUUCGCAAUUGGCCCAGCAUGAACUGGAAGGUCCUUGAACACAUGCCCUUGCUGCUGUAUAUCUUGGCAGCAAAAACCUUAAUUCUCUGCCUGGCAUUUGCUGGAGUCAAAAUCUACCAACGGAAAAGAUUAGAAGCAAAACUGGAAGCUGAAAAAAAGAAGCAGUCAGAGAAGAAAGAUAACUAGAAGGAAAAAUCAAAGAGCAAGAGAGACAGAGCACGAGCCGGGGGAGGGGCAGAGAGCGAGGGAGACCCAGAAUCCGAAGCAGGCUCCAGGCUCCGAGCCGUCAGCACGGAGCCCGACGCGGGACUUGAACUCACAGACCGUGAGACCUGAGCCGACUGAGCCACCCCGGCGCCCCCAGAGCCCUCAUUUUGCGUUAGACCAAGAAGAAGAAGGAAAGAUGGGAUGUGGGGCCACCAGCACUUCCCUCCCGCCGGCACCCGCAGACGCCUCGGGGCGCAGGGGCUGCCGCGAGACUGACGCUUCAUUUUCCUGCCAGCCUCGGACCUGCUUUUAAACCAGGGCGGAAAACCGGAAUGUUGAAAAUAACAUUCUUUUAAUAGGUAAACUUGCGGUGGUUUCUGUUUGUUACGUUGAACCGGCUGAGCGCCAGGGUCAGCGCUGAGCCCGUCAAACCUCCGUCAGUGUUCAAUCAGACAUUUCAUACCCACCCUCGUCGUCUUCCU